AUGCCUGCUUCGGAGAUCGUGAUUCAGGGUGCCCGCGAGCAUAACUUGCGGGACAUUUCACUUCGCCUCCCGCGGAAUCAGCUAAUCUGCCUCACCGGCGUCAGCGGCUCGGGCAAGAGUUCGCUGGCGUUCGAUACGCUGUACGCCGAAGGUCAGCGACGCUACAUCGAGAGCCUGUCGACCUUCGCCCGCCAGUUCGUCGGCCAACUUCCCAAGCCCGAGGUCGACCUGAUCGAAGGGCUGAGCCCCUCGAUUUCCAUCUCGCAAAAGUCCAGCGGCAAUAAUCCCCGUUCGACCGUCGGCACCAUCACCGAAAUCUACGACUACCUGCGGGUGCUCUACGCUCGCACGGGCCAAGGUCAUUGCCCAUCGUGCGGCAAGCCCAUCACGGCCCAAAGCCGGGAACAAAUCCUGCAGCAGAUCAUGGCCCUGCCCGAGGGCACGCGGAUCCUGGUGUUGGCCCCGGUCGUGCAUCGUCAGAAGGGCGCGUUUCGCGACUUGUUCGACGACCUGUUGAAGCAGGGCUUCGUCCGCGCCAGGGUCGACGGACAAGUGGUGCAACUCAGCGACGAGCAGCAACUCGAUCGGCAGAUGCGGCACGACAUCGAAGUCGUCGUCGAUCGCCUGGUCUCUGGUACCGCGGUGCGUCCACGACUGGCCGAAGCGGUCGACCUGGCGCUGAAGAUCGGCAAGGGCAGCCUCAUCGUGGCCCAAGACACGAAGCAAGCACAGGCUGAAACGCCCGAGAAGCCGGCCGAAGAAGAAGCCACCGCCGAAGGUAAACCUGCCCCACGCCGACGUCGUCGCACCGGCGGGCGACGGCGCAGCGACAACAACGACCUGCAUCUCUCGUCGCACUACGCCUGCACCGAUUGUUCGCUGAGCUUCACACCGCCCAGCCCGCAACUGUUCAGCUUCAACAGCCCGCAGGGGAUGUGCGUGGAAUGCGAUGGGCUCGGCGAAGUCUACAGCUUCGACAGCGAGCUGCUAAUCCCCGACGAUUCGCUUUCGUUCAAGCAAGGCUGCUUCGAACUGAUCGGUCGCUGGCGCGACUUGGGGCGAUGGCGCCGUCAUAUCUAUGCAGGGGUUGCCGAAACACUGGAGCAUCGCUUCGAGCUGGAACCCGAUUCGAUUCUCACCACGCCUUGGAACGAGCUGAGCCCCGAGAUACAGGAGUACCUGCUGUGGGGCACCGACGAGAUGCACAUCACGUUCACGUGGCGGCAAGGCUCGCGGGGUCACAAGUAUGGCGGGCACUACGAGGGGAUCAUUCCCGAGUUGCUCUCCCGCUACGGCACCACCAAAAGCGGCAUGCAGCGGCGGCAGCUUGAGAAGUACAUGAGCGUACACGACUGCGAGUCGUGCCAGGGAAAGCGGCUCAACGAACAGGCGGCCGCCGUUACGCUCACGACCCGUCACGAACAUUUUGCCGAAGCCACACAGCGCACGCUGCCGGAAGUGUGUGCCUUGUCGGUCGACGAAGCGGCCAUGUUCUUCAGCGACCUGGACCUCGACCCGGUGCGUCAGCACAUCGCCGAAGAAGUGCUGAAAGAAAUCCGCGGUCGGCUUGGCUUCCUGCUCAAUGUGGGCUUGGACUACCUCACGCUCGAUCGCACGGCCCCCACGCUCUCCGGCGGUGAAUCGCAGCGGAUUCGGCUGGCCGGACAGAUUGGCUCGGGCCUGGUGGGCGUGUUGUACAUUCUCGACGAACCCUCGAUCGGUCUGCACCCCCGCGACAACGAUCGGCUCAUCGCUUCGCUGGCCCGACUCCGCGACAUGGGCAACACUGUGGUGGUGGUCGAACAUGACGAAGACACGAUGCUGGCCGCCGAUCACAUCAUCGACUUUGGCCCCGGCCCCGGAGUACGCGGCGGCGAAGUGGUCGUCGCCGGUUCGUUCAAAGACGUGGUGAAGAAGCCCCGUAGCGUCACCGGGCAAUACCUCGCCGGCAAACGCAAGAUCGCCGUGCCCGAGCAGCGCCGGGAGCUCGACGAUCGCUGGUUGACCGUGGUGGGGGCGAAGCACAACAACCUGACGGGCGUCGACGUCGCCAUCCCCGUCGGCAAGUUUGUCUGCGUCACUGGCGUCAGCGGAUCGGGGAAGAGUUCGCUGGUGUCCGACAUUCUGGUGGAAGCCCUGCGACGCGACUUAAACAACGGCGAAGGCGACCCCGGCGAACACGAACGAAUCGACGGGCUCGAUCAUCUCGACAAACUCAUCGCCAUCGAUCAGUCACCCAUCGGGCGCACGCCCCGUUCGAACCCGGCCACCUACAUCAAGGUGUUCGACGACAUUCGCAAGCUCUACGCUCAACUCGCCGACUCGAAGACACGUGGCUACCAGGUCGGGCGGUUCAGCUUCAACGUGGCCGGUGGGCGUUGCGAGGCCUGCGAAGGCAACGGCUCGAAAAAACUCGAGAUGGACUUCCUGGCCGACGUAUGGGUCACUUGCCCCGUGUGCGAAGGACACCGCUUCAAUCGCGAAACACUGCAAGUGAAGUUCAAAGGCAAGUCGAUCGCCGACGUGUUGGAGAUGGACAUCCAACAGGCGCUUGAACACUUCGAAAAUAUCCCCGCGGUACAUCGCAAGCUGCAAACGCUGCACGACGUGGGGCUCGAUUACCUAAAACUCGGACAACCCUCACCCACACUCUCCGGUGGCGAGGCACAGAGAAUUAAGCUGGCCCGCGAGUUGGUGAAGAAGAGCACCGGACAGACUCUUUAUCUACUCGAUGAACCGACGACUGGGCUGCACUUCGCCGAUAUCGAAUUGCUGCUGCGUGUGUUGCAUAGCUUUGUUGAGGCCGGCAACACCGUGCUGGUCGUCGAACACAACCUCGACGUCGUGAAGACGGCCGACUGGAUUAUCGAUCUCGGCCCCGAGGGCGGCGAGCACGGCGGGAAGAUUAUCGCCACCGGAACGCCCGAGCAGGUUGCCGAGUGUGAAGACUCUUACACCGGGCGAGCCCUGAAGGGGAUCCUCGAGCGAGACACGGCGACGCCCGCCAAGCGGCGGCAACUGCAGAACAAGGCACAAGCCGCCAUGACGAAGGUUACUUCGUCUAACAACGGCAACGGGGAGAUCAAGUCGAUCGUGGUGCAGGGGGCGCAGCAGCACAACCUUAAGGGGAUCGAUGUCGAAAUCCCUCGCGACAAGAUGACCGUCUGCUGCGGGCUUAGCGGCUCGGGCAAGAGUUCGCUGGCCAUGGACACCGUCUACGCAGAAGGUCAGCGGCGAUACGUUGAAAGCCUGAGUGCUUAUGCCCGGCAGUUCGUCGGACAGAUGCAGAAGCCGCGGCUCGAUCACAUCAGUGGACUUUCGCCCGCGGUGGCCAUCGAGCAGAAGAACCUCGGUAACACGCCGCGUUCGACGGUGGGCACCGUGACCGAAAUCUACGAUUACUUCCGCAUUCUGUUCGCCCGGUUGGGUACACCGCACUGCCCCACGUGCAACAUUGCGAUCGGCACCCAAACGGCCGACGAAAUCGUCGACAAGCUGAUGAGCGAUCCCGAGGGGACCAAGCUCUACCUGCUCGCUCCGCUGGAGAUUCAAGUUGGCGAGCGUUACGAAAACCUGUGGGACGACCUCCGCGGACGGGGCUUUCAGCGUAUUCGCAUCGACGGCAAGACCUACCCCAUCGACGAACCGCCGACCAUCGACCGGCGACGACGCCACACGGUGGAAGUGGUGGUCGACCGCAUCGCCAUCCGCAGCAAGUCGCGGAGCCGCAUCGCCGACAGUGUGGAAAGUGCGCUGGCCCUGGGGCGUGGCGUCAUCCGUGUGGCCUAUGCCAGCGACGAGUUGCCGGAGGAGCGGUGGCGUACUCGAACCCACAGUCAGCACUUCGCCUGCGAUCGUUGCGGCCGCAGCUUCGAUCCACUCACUCCGCACAGCUUCUCGUUCAACAGCUACCUCGGCUGGUGCGAAUCGUGCGAGGGCCUCGGCACGCAGACCGGGGCGAAUCCCGCGGCGCUGCUGCACGACCCCAAGUUGUCGCUGGCCGAAGGAGCGGUCGCCCUGUGGCCCGAUGUGAAAGACCCGGUGUCGAAAGCCAUGCUCGAGGCACUGGCCGCGCAUGCCGACUUGUCGAUCGAUGAACCGUUCGACGAACUCGACGCCCGCCAGCGGCGGAUCAUUCUGUACGGCUGCGGUGAAGAUUGGAUCGAGGUGGGCGGCAAGACUGUCAAAGGCAAAGCCACCCGACCGGCGUUUCGCUUUCAAUAUAAAGGUCUCUAUCCGGCACUCGACGAAGCGGCCCGCCUGUCGGCCGCACUUCGGGCGAAACUCGAUCACCUGGUCGACGAAGUUGAGUGUUCGGCCUGCGGGGGAAGCCGCCUGCGGGAAGAUGCCUCCGCCGUGCGGUUCAUGGAUCACACGCUCGACCAUCUGUGUCGGCUGUCGCUGGGGCAGUUGUCGGCGCUUACGAAAAGCUGGAAGCUUCGCGGAUCGGGACGCAAAGUGGCCGGUGAGUUGCUCCGCGAAAUCCGCAACCGGCUCGAGUUUCUCGUCGACGUGGGGCUCGACUAUCUGACACUGUCCCGACCGGCGGCCACGCUCUCCGGUGGUGAAGCCCAACGGAUUCGGCUGGCCUCCCAAGUGGGCAGCGGACUGACCGGUGUGUUGUAUGUGUUGGACGAACCGACGAUCGGCCUGCACCCGCGAGACAAUGACCGGUUGUUGAACGCCCUGGCCAAACUUCGCGACUUGGGCAAUACAUUGCUGCUGGUCGAGCACGAUCGCGAGGUGAUCAACGCGGCCGACCGGUUGCUCGACUUCGGUCCCGGCGCCGGACGACACGGUGGGCAGAUUGUGGCCUCCGGUACUCCGGCCCAAGUCUCGCGUCGAAAGACUUCCGUCACCGGGCCGUAUCUAAGCGAGAAGAGUUCCAUCCCGGUGCCAUCGAAUCGCCGCAUGGCUCCACUGGAAGAACCGAGUAACGGAAAGCCGACCAAGCGGCGGAAAGCGAAGUCGAGCACGACCCGAAAGACUAAGGCAAAGCCGGUGGAUCUAUCCGACCUGGUGGAGAAGCCGCUGAAUGAACCGCCGGGCGGGGGUUGGCUCGAAGUGAUCGGGGCCCGACAUAACAACCUGCACAACGUCGAUGUUCGCAUUCCGUUGGGCACGUUCACCGUGGUCACGGGCGUGAGCGGCUCGGGGAAGAGUUCGCUGGUCGACGAUGUGUUGGCCGCCUCGCUGUCGCGCACGCUACAUCGAGCACGAACCGUACCCGGUGCUCACGACGAACUGCGGGGCGUCGAACUGAUUAACAAGGUGAUUCAGGUCGACCAACAACCGUUGGGCAACACGCCGAGUUCGAACCCGGCCACUUACACCGGCCUGUUCGAUUUGAUUCGUACGCUGUUCUCGCAAAUGCCCGAGUCGAAACUGCGGGGCUACACGGCGCGACGCUUCAGCUUCAAUGUGCCUGGCGGGCGCUGUGAAAGCUGCGAGGGCUACGGUCAGCAGUGUAUCGAGAUGCACUUCCUGCCCGACGUGUGGGUUGAAUGUGAAACCUGCAAGGGCGAGCGGUACAACCCCGAGACGCUGGCCGUGCGGUACCACGGGUACAGCAUUGCCGACGUGUUGAACCUCUCCUGCGGUGAGGCCGCCAAGCUGUUCGAGAACAUCCCUAAGAUCCGCCGCAUUCUCGAAAUGCUAUGCGACGUGGGGCUCGAUUAUCUCACGCUUGGUCAGCCGGCCCCCACGCUUUCCGGUGGAGAAGCCCAACGUGUGAAGUUGGCCGCCGAGCUGUCGCGGCCCGAUACCGGUCGCACGUUGUACCUGUUGGACGAACCCACGACGGGCCUCCACUUCGACGACCUGGUGAAGCUGCUCGACGUGAUGAAUCGCCUGGUCGACCUGGGCAACACGGUGGUGGUGAUCGAACACAACCUCGACGUGAUCAAAACGGCCGACUACCUGAUCGACAUGGGGCCCGAGGCGGGCGAAGGUGGCGGACACCUGGUCGCACAAGGCACGCCCGAGCAAAUCGUGGCCCACGCCCAGCGGUAUCGCGCGGCCACCAGCAGCAAUGGGAAUGGUCGCUCGGACGGCGGUCCACUGCGUUGCUACACGGGCGAGUUGCUCGAGAAGGUGUUCGCCACGGCGACCUAUUGCGAGCGAGAGAAGUACGACUUCGCCGCGGUGGAAGAGAAACGCGAGAGCGACCUGGAACUCACUGAUGUGGGCCGCGACGCGAAGAUGCCGUGGCAGUCGGACGGGCGGAAGUGGCACACCGAAGAUCGCGUGGGCCGCGACGGCGAGGCGUGCCGCUGGGACGGGCGGAUUCUUUCCGCUGUGAUCGAUCGCAUUCAGAAGCUGGGCGACUUCGGCGACACCAACUACGACCAUCGCACCACCGUGGAGAUCGCUGCCGAAAAGAAAAGCGACGGUUGGUUCUUCCACGCUCUUACGGGACACCCUUGGUUACUAACACUCAAGUUCCGGGUGGCGAAGCGCACCUUCGAGCGAGGCAAGCUGAUCGAGCAACUCGACCUGAAACCGCUGAACGAAAUGCACGAUCUCCCGGUUUACGGGAACCAACCGCGUAUCAAGUGCCGGCAACUACGCGGUCCCUGGCAAGAGGUGCAACUGCAGGUGCACGGCUACGACGAGAUCGAUCGUCCCGAGUUCUGGCAGUUCAUCGAGAAGGCCGUCGACGGGUUCCAGAAAUUCGCCAAGCGAAAGCAGCAGGCGCCCGAGGACGUGAUGCCGUGGAAGGUACUGGGCCGCAAAUGGCACUUCGCCCGUAAGGGCUUCACGCCGGGGAAGACCAUUCGCUGGGAGACUGAAGCCCUGGAAGAACUGUGCGAGAUGCUCACCGAAGCGGCCCCCGGUGGGCAAUUCCUGUGGAACUCGCAACAAGUGGUGCAUUACAUCGUGAAGGGCCAGCGAGAGCCGUGGGCCACCAUGCAAACCAAGCGGUGGUCGUCGCUCGAACUGCAAUUGAACGGACCGAAGGGGCACUUUGCCCUGGGCCGCAUCGCCGAGUUGGCCCGCGGCCGGGAGUUUGUGGCCGACAAUCCCGACAAGGACGUGAUUAAGUUCAGCUUCCUCACGUGUGAAGACCUGCACCGGGGCGAUCUGGCCGAGUUCUUUCGUGAGCACGUCGCAACCAUCAGCGAGGGUUGCCAGCUCGAGCCGAAGUAUCGCUUGCUGUCGUUCGGCACUUUGGAAGGCGUGAAAGAGUUUGCCGACGUACGCAUGGCGUGGAACGAGAACGGGGUGGUGUUCAAUGUCCGCGUUACCGGCAAACGCCGGCAACCGUGGUGCCGCGACUCACGGCCUAGCGACAGCGACGGGCUGCACGUGUGGAUCGACACCCGUGAUACGCAGACGAUCCAUCGCGCGUCGCGGUUUUGUCAUCGCUUCAUCUUUCUGCCGGCAGGCACGGGGCCGAAGUACAUGGAGCCCUUCGCCGACUUCGAACCGAUCAACCGUGCCCGCGAGAACCCCAAGCCGAUCCCCGCCGGCAUGAUGCAAGUGCGCAGCGAACGCCGCGUCGAUGGCUACGUGCUGGAAGGUUGCGUGCCUCGCGAGGCCAUCACCGGAUUCGACCCCACGGAACAUCCACGGUUGGGGUUCACCUACCUCGUGCACGAUAGCGAACUGGGUCCGCAGACGCUGAGUUGCCCAACGUCACUACCGAUGGCGGAAGACCCGAGUUUAUGGGCGUCGCUGGAAUUGGUGCGGUCAAUGUUCUACCUGCUGUUUCAGCAACCGCGCCUCGCGGCGGUAGGCGUCGAUCAGGGCGGCGACGAAGAUGAGAUUCCCCACGGCGAGGGCGAGCAGGUUGGAGUGAGUUUGAUCUCUGGAAUAGGCGAGGAAGGCGAGAUCGUCCGAGGGGAUUUGGAGGCGAUGGAGAGCGUGAUUGUGGUCGUCCUCGGGGAUGAAUCGCUGCACCUCUUCGGAGGUGAGGAUGAUUUCGACAUCCUCCGGUGGCUCUGGUUCCGGCUUAGGGGCGGUUUCGAACUGCUUGGGUGCCAGGCGACUUUUCAGCUCGGCAAGUUCCUCUUGUUUUUGAGCGAGGUGCGUGCGCUGUUCGUCGGUCCAGUCAGCUCGCAUGUUGAGUUAGCCCCGCUGAAGGUACUUUUCUACUUGCGGCCACAUGAACCAAUACGCAAUUCCGAUCAUCCAGAACAGUACGCUUACCGAUGGGAUGAAGAGAUGCACAAGCUCAAGCGGUAG